AUGGCAACACCCCAAGCUCCCGAGAAAGCCCACCUCCAUACCCUGAAGUUCUCUUCGGUAAUUGAGGGCCAGGCGGGGACUCUCGCAACACUCGUCGAAGCUUGUGAGCGCGACGGCUUCUUCUACCUGGAUCUCAGCGGCUGGGACUCGGGUGACAUGCUUACGAGCCUGCAAGCUGCCGGAGCGCUCAUGAAGGAGUGGUUCAAGCAGCCUCUCGACAAGAAAAUGGCCACGGAGACCAUCUCUGAUGCGCAUGGCUACAAGCCACCUGGCGUACAGUCGGGUGUGACAGAGAACACCCGCGACGGUUUUGAAGCUCUGCGAAUCAGCCGGACAGGCAUGCUUAACCGCGAGCAUCUUCCAGAAAUCGUGCGGAACAACCUGAGCAUCUUUGAGAAGUACCAGCUCUCGGCUCACUACGUCCUGAUGACUCUGCUCACGCGGCUGUCUGAUGCGACUGGCCUGCAGGGAAACGAGCGUUAUGAAGCGUACCAUCCGGAUGAUCUCCCAUCCAAGUCCACCAUGUUCUUCCUCCAUCAUCCCACCACCUCAGCGCUGCCUGGUGACCAGAGCGGCCGCGGCCACAACGCGCACACCGACGUCGGGUCUUUCACUCUGCUCGUCACGGAGCAGCCUGGCUUGCAGGUGCUCUCGCCUGUCACUGGCCGUUGGGAGUAUGUCGACGCGAAGCCCGGCCACGCCAUCAUUAACGUGGCCGACACGCUGCGCUUCAUCUCCGGGCGCCGUUUCCGCUCGGCCAUGCACCGCGUGCUGCCGCCCGGGGCCGACGGUCGCAUGGCGCAGGAUCGCUACUCGACAGCCUACUUCCUCCGCGCCGGCGACGACGUCGUGCUCACGGGCAUGGACGGCAGUCAGAUCACGGCCGGCGAGUGGUUCCUCAGCAAGUACGCGAGCUUCAACCAGAGCACCGAGGAGCAGCGCAGCAACUCCAUUGCGACAGGCGGCAUGGAACGUGAUCUGGGCGUGGCCAUUUAG